AUGUUUAAAAAUUUCAUAAGAUCAAUGUCAUCAUCUACAAAUAUUGGCCCCAUAGAAUCCUCAAUAAAUUCAAAAUUAACCACAACAUUCAAACCAACAUUUUUAGAAGUACGAAAUGAUUCACAUAAACAUUCACAUCAUUCAGCUAUGAAAGGUGCAACAAACACUGCGGAAUCUCAUUUUUUUAUAAAAAUGCAAAGUGAAGAAUUUAAUGAUAAAAAUUUACCAAAUAGACAUAGAUUAGUUUAUGGUUUAUUAGAUGAUGAAUUUAAAAAUAAAGGAUUACAUGCUUUACAAAUGAAAUUAAAAGGUACUAAUGAAAAAUUGGAGUAG